GGGAGGGUGAGGAGGGAUUCGUUCUCGCGUGCUGAAUCACGUCGCCACCUCGCGGUAUAAAUAACGGGGCGCGCGCGCGGAGGCAGGCGGAGGACGCACGGAUCCAGCUGUGCAACAGACGCUUCGUGUGUUUCCUGCAUCUGAAAGCUGAACGCGCUGAAGAUGAGGGCGUGUUGGUUUUUGCUGGGCCUUUCUCUCCUCUACAUCUCCGCUGAGUGUCUGCUUUCCCCCUCCACAGACGAUCUUAAAAAGAUCUCUCAGCUUGGAGAGAAAUAUGUGGAUAAGGAGAUUGAAAACGCCAUUAAUGGCGUAAAGAAGAUGAAGACAGUGAUGGAGAGGUCGGAGGAAGAUCACAAGAAGUUCCUGUCAUCGUUGGAUGAAACCAAGAAGCAGAAAGAGGACGCUCUGAAGGUCGCACAGGAGAUGGAGGAGAAGCUGAACGAGGAGCAGUCAGUGUGUAACGAAACCACACAGGCCCUGUGGGAGGAGUGUAAGCCGUGCCUGAAGAACACAUGCAUUAAAUAUUACUCUCGCACCUGCAGCAGUGGCUCCGGCCUGGUGGGUCGACAGCUGGAGGAGUUCCUGAACCGGUCCUCGCCUUUCUCCAUCUGGAUUAACGGUCAAAACAUAGACACUCUGGAGAAGGAAGACCAGCAGCAGAGGCGGCACUUCCAGGAUCUGGAGAGGCGCUACACCGACGUGGCUGACGGCGUGGACAGCAUCUUCGUGGACAGCAUGAAAGUAUUUGACCACAUGCGCUCCCUGCACCAGCCCGGAUGGUUCCACAGACCCUCCCCCAUUUACAGGUCCCUCUUCCAUGACCCACAGUUCCCUGACUUCCACAGCAUGUUCCAGCCUAUGAGGCAGAUGACUCAAGACGUCUUCGGAUCGAUCGGGUUGUACAUGGGUGGUGAUUCGAACUUUCCCUCUGAAGACGGCAGCGUGAACGAAGACGUUAUCAUAACCAGACCGUUUGGGAACGAUAAAAUGACCUGCAGGGAGAUUCGCCGCAACUCCGCCGGCUGCAUCAAACUCCGAGAGGAGUGUGAGAAGUGCAAGGAGAUCCAGCACAUUGACUGUUCUGGAAAGAAGCCUCUGGAAGGUCCGCUGAAGGAGGACCUGGAACAGGCUCUGGCGUUGGCCGAGAGAUUCACAAAGGAGUACAACAAUCUCCUGAGGCGCUUUGAAGAGGAGAUGUUCAACACCUCGAAGCUGCUGGACAUGCUGAGGAAUCAGUUCAGCUGGGUGUCCUCGCUCGCCAAUCACACGACCAGCGACGACGGUAUCUUCAAAAUCCAAACAAUCAUCUGUAAGGACACCGAGAACCCUGAGACGCCAGGUGACACCAGCGUAUCCGUCAAACUGUUUGACGAGCCAGAAAUGAGCUUCACCGUGCCGGGAGAAAUCCCCUGGACCGACCCGAAGUUCUCCGAGGUGGUGGCGCAGGAGGCUUUGGAUCGCUACAAACAGAACACUAUAGUUGUAAAGUAAUCAUGAAGGAGCCCGGGUGGAACUUCCUGUCGAAGAAUCCACCCCACAAACAUCAUCAUGGAGAACAGUAAAAAGUUCUUUCUGCAUUUAUCUCUCAAAAUACCAAUAGCUGUUGUACUACUUAGCUGGAUGUCCUCUAUCUAGCAUUAUUCCUGCUGUAUGAUCCUGACCGAGGCAUCAGAAGAUCCUCAGGCACCUGUGUGAAAAUAAAAGUGCUUCCAAUCUCCCUGUAAUAACCAACUGUACAUUCGAAAAUGGAUAAUAAAGUGUAUAAAUAAACCCAA